GUCCACCCGGUCCUGUGCAGCGUCCGCAUUUUGUCCGAGCUAUCGCUUGGAUCUACAUAUGUUCCCAAAAAUAUAUCCUACAUAAAACCGACAGUAUCUUUGUCAUACAAAGCAUGCUUCCAAGUUUCAAUGGUCAACUGCUGUGCAAGGGAAGGCCCCGAAGCCGAAACAUGCGAGUUGCUUCGUGGGCUAGGACUGAAUACUUCCGUUAAAUCUGCUGGAAUUUUUGCUAAUACUUGUUUAACUGAUACUUAAUCGACCUUUGUAACCACCUAGUUCGUCAACGAGGGCUAGGAGAACGACAAGCAUGCGAACCGUCCUUUAGAUGGCUGAAUCAACAUGCUCUGUAGACGAUGACCAUGUUUCACAGCAAACAUCAUUUAGUGCUGGCGGAGAACCCUCGGAAGCGUUAGGGUAUGGGCUUCCUGCACAGGAUACAGGAAUGCGUAUAAAGAACCUUGAUACCGGAGAGGAGUAUGAUCUAGAGGACUUUGAUUCGCGCCUGCCACCUGUUGGCGGUCGUCAUGCGCAUGAACAUGCCGACCCGGCGGGCACGAUAGGCGAGGAGGGGUUCCACCCUCGUGAGGUCAGCGGCAAACGUGCAAAAACAUGGCUGAAGGGGACCAAGAAGCUGAAGAAUUGGGCCAAGACCACCAUUAGCAAUGUCCGUGACCGAAUAGAGGAGGGGAUCGAGCGGAUUGAGGAGAGGAUCGAGGAGCGGAAGCAGCACCAAUCGCAGCAACGGCAGGUCCCCAAGGAGCCCCUAGGAGGCGGUGUUAGCGGCGGCUGGGCUGCCGCCGCCAGCCAUGACGACGCCAGCAGCACCACCUCAUCCCUCUCUGCCGCAACCACCUCCACUGCUGCCACCACAGCCGCCCGGUGGGCCCCAGCAGCAGCCGCAGUGCAUGCAGCUGCGGGGACAGCACCCACCGCGGCUGCCGUACCCCUCUCCACAUCCAGCGUCGGCGAUGGCGGCAGCAUCGCAGCCAGCAGCGUCAGCGGCAGCGGUAUCGCUGCCGUACUGAGCGCCCCUGAAGCGGUCGGCGGUGGAAGCGGAAGUGGCGGCGCUAGCGCAGGCGGCGGCAGUCUCGGCAGCCCUAUCAGUCUCCCGCUGCCAGCAGCUGCUGCUGCGCCCAAGGUGCAAGAGGCGGCGCCGGAGCUGCAACAGCAGCAACAGCAGCAGCCCUCGACCCAUGGGUCACAGUGCGCAACCGGCACGGGCAGCCUAGCCAGCAACAGCACAGACGCAGGCGGGGUUGCACCACCAAGUGUCGCGUCAGGCAGCACCACCACCACCACUGCCACCACCAGCAGCAGCCAUGGCAGCGGUCAGGCGAAACAAGGUACCAGCGGGUCUGUGGUGCUUCAAGGCGCUCCAAGUCCAGCCCCGCCUCCGCCAACAGCAGCGGCACCAGCAGCAGCAGCGUCAGCGGCGCCUUCCUCCUCACGCCAGGGUCUUCCUCCCCAUCCGCCGCCGACAACACAUCGGCCAUCGCCAACGCCUCCUGUAUCUGGCUUCGCCACCGCCGCCGCCGCCGCUGCCGCCGCAGCUGCUGCUGCCACAUCAGCGCUAGCCCGGCAAGCAUCCUCCGACUCGGACGCUGCUGCUGCUGCUGCUGCGGGAGCCGGCGGCGGCAGCAGUGGAGCCGCCGUCACCCGGGGAUCCGCCUCGGGGGCAUCUGCUUCUGGUUCCGGAGCGCAUGCUUUGGGUCCGCUGCCCAUAGAUGACGGCGUGGGUCGCAUGUCUCUGGAGCUGCGGGUGCCGCUGCUGGUGGACGAUGAGGCGGGGCCCUCCAGCAGGGCGGUGCCGGUGCCCCGCUCCUGGCUGAACCAGGCCGCCAAGGUGACGGGCGGCAGGCGGGGGGCGGCCAGGCAGCUGCAGCAGGUGCGCAUGGUCCAGGAGGUGCUGGGCCACGAGGGGGCGGUGUGGGCGCUGCGCUUCUCCGCGGACUGCCGCCUGCUGGCGUCGGCGGGGCGGGACGGCGUAGUGCGGCUGUGGGCGGUGUACUGGUACGGGGGAGGCAGGUCAAAACUCAUCAACCACCUCCCCAACACCGCCUCACCCUUCAUCACCACCACCACCACCGCCUCCUCCUCCACCACGCACCCUACCCCCUCCGCCUCCUCCUCCAUCCACACCGCCUCCUCCUCCGCCUCCUCCUUGCGCCCCCCGCUGCUGUCCGAGAGCCCGCUGCUCUGCCUCACUGGCCACAGCGGGGACGUGCUGGACCUCUCGUGGAGCCGCUGCCGCCUGCUGCUCACCGCAUCAGCCGACCAGACCGCGCGACUCUGGCACAUAGACGCAGCCAUGCCCGGGGGCGGGUCUAGAUCCGGGUAUGGAGGACCAGGAGGGGGAACGGGAGCGGCAGGAACGGAGGAGCACGGCAUGGGUAGAGAAGGAUCGGGAUCUGGAUCUCAGUUGUACGGCACUAGCAGAUACAGUGGUGGCGGCAGUGGUAGCGGAGCUGGUUGUUUCGGAGCAGGCGGGGGAGAAGGAGCAGCAGCAGCAGCAGCAGGAGGAGGUGCUACCUCCAUGAUGGCGGGUGUGGGUCCGAGUGGGGAGUGCCUGCGGUCAUUCGUACAUCCGGACCUGGUGACCAGCUGCUGCUUCCAUCCCAGUGACGCGCGGCGGAUUGUGACGGGCUGCGCGGAUGGCAAGAUCCGCGUGUGGAGUGUCCCCGACGGCUCCGUGCUGUGUAGCGCCACCCUGCAGCAGGACUGGCCCACUCGCGUGCUCUUCUCAGCAGACGGCAGCCGAGUGGUGGCGGGCACCUUGCGCGGCAAGGCACGGCACUACGAGCUCAACUGCACAGCGGGUUGUAACAACUCCUCGACCGGCAACAGUAUCGGCAACACUGCUAGCAAUAGCUGUAACGGUGGCAGCGGGAGUCAAAAUGGAGUUAGCAGCAGCAGUUGUGGGGUCGUUAGCGGUGCGAUGGGGGCAGUUGGCAGUUGUUCGUUGGAGUAUCUGACUCAGCUGGACGUUAAGAACCCACAUGGAUCCGGACGCAAGGUGACGGGGCUGGUUCAGGUGCCGUACAAGUACGGUAACGACCAACUGUACGUCAUCACGAGCGCGGACAGUCGGAUUCGGUUGUUCGUUGGGUACACGCAGGAACGCAAGUUCAAGGGACACCGGCACUCUAACACAACGAUCGCCGCCUCGCUCUCCCCCAGCUGCCAACACCUCAUAUGCGGCUCAGACGACGGCUGGGUGUACCUCUGGGAAACCGGCCUGCCGCCUCCUCCUUCUCCCUCCCUGCUACUCAACAACCCAGGCCAUCCGUCCAGGCCCGGCGCCGGCAGCAACGCAGCCCUAAUCACCAGCGCGGCCGGCGGUCUGGUGACGGCAGGGGUCACGGCAGCCGCUUCAGGUGGUGUGGGCGCAUCCCUGGGCGCAGCAGGGGGUGGCGGGGGGCGGAAGGAGGGCGGUGGCAAGGCGGGCAAGAUGAAGGUGAAGGAGGGCACGUACGAGGCGUUUCAGACGCCCGAACAGACGACUACGGUGGCGGUGUUUGCGCCUGAAGUGUGCAGGCUGGGUCGGGGUCUGGAGCGACCCGCGGGUCUCCUGCCUGGCGGCUCCACUGCCGCCCAGCCUGCCUCCGCUGCUGCUGCCCGCUCCUCCGCAAGUCCCUCGCUGCUGGGCGCGUUGUUCGUGGUGGCUGGCUUUAGCGGCAGAAUCUACGUUUACGAAAACCUGCCAUUGCUGGGGGCAACGUGACCCAUGGGUCAUGUGCGUCCGGGCUGACAUGGACUGACUUGGAAUGGUGGAUGAACGUUUAGAGUGGGUGUGUGCGCUAGGCAUAGGUGUUGCGCGUGGUUUGCGCAGCAUUGAGUGUUUGUUAGCGUGUCUAGGCCUGUUUGUCAGGAGGUUGGAUUGUGGCUGUGGCUGUGAGGGAUUCAUGUGCAUAGCCUAUUACUGUGGGGGCGCGUUCGGCUGUUAAUUCUUUCCCUAAUACUCGGGACUAGGUCAUCUGCAUCUGCAUUGUUUGUCACGUCGUGUUUGGCUGGGCAGCAUGCGUCGGCUUUAUCAAGUUGGAGCCUUCCAAUUCGGGGAGACGUGUGCUGCUGUUAGCCAAUGCAAGAUGCUAUGCUGGGGCAUUCCAUGAGAGGGACUCUGGAGGCAGAAUAGUAAUGACUUCUGGAGUUCAGGAGGACUUGGCGAGUGGGCCAGAAAGUAGGAGGACGAUCAUAACUGGCACUACCGGUUGGUUAGGGAUACAAGGGGGGCAGUUCGUUGGAGGGUCCACGGGGGUCCUGCCUUGGAGUGACCGGGUGAUUGUGUGUUUUCCUGGCAUACAUGUGCUGUCAGCUCUCAGGGUAGCGCGUGCGGUGCUUCUGGUGUGUCUGCAGGAGGGAAGCAAACCCCUAAUGCCAGCGACCCUGGUUUGGUUGGGGACAGCUUGCAAGGGGGGGCUUUGUUUCUGUUGCUGGCAUGCUGAAAUGAAAAGAGAUAUACCGAUAGGCGCAGUCUGUACGGGUACCAUGCGUAUGCUUUCCAACAAACAGUGCCGUAUUCAGUACUGCCCUGCAUGCCACACAACAUUCACGUGUGUCAGGCAGUGUGUACAACCAACCGGGUGCCCAGAUAUGGCUGAUUUAGGUGGUGUGCUCGGCGGUACUGUUUCCUCGGUGUCCGCAACAAGGUCUUGCUUGCACGGUCUGCUGCCUUCGCAUCCCACUGGAGAACCCCUCUUCAUACCCAUCGUGAUAAGGCCUCAUGGGGUUCAAGGUGGUUCUUGCGGCCCCGCUGC